AUGGGAGGGCCCACGAAGCGCAAGGCUCCCGCGGCUCCCCUUUUGGUUACCAGAGUUAAGACGAAAGCCAAACCAUCAGGUGUGCCUGAAUCUGGCGCAACAGCGUCCGCCCCGUCGACACCCCAGGUUGCAACGACACCAGCUGAUUCUAAUGUUUCUGCUGCGUUGGUGAAUCAGGCCGAGGUGUGGAAAGCCCUGCCAAAUUCUCCUACCUGGGACCUUUACGAGAAUGUCCUGAAGCCUUUGGUGUCAGAGGAGCUUGCCCACAUCCAGACCUUGGCGGCAGCUGAGGAUACGGCUGGCUUGCAAGCCUUGAGCAACACUGGGCUCAAAGCGGCUCUGGAUCAGGCUGGCAGUUGCACUGGCCUUGUCACCUUUGCCCAACUGGGUCUGGCCAAGGGCUUAUUCUUCUUGAGCGGCUUGCUUUCUGACGUGCCCUUCCAUGCUUUGGAACAUCCGGAUAUGCCCCCAUGCCUUGGAGCCAUCGUUCGCUGCUACAACCACUUCUUCAUUGAUGCUGCGUCCCAACAAGUUAAGCCGGAAGCCAUCCUUGGAUUCACGACCACUUGUCGUGUCAUUGCAAAAGACAGCCUUCCAGAACCUGGAGAUUUCCAGGUCAUGGAUGGUGCGGCCUUCAGGCUUGCCUGGCUUUAUGGCUAUGGGCAACACAUGCUGAGCAAAGCCACUAUGGAGGCAAAGGCUUGGGAUGCCCUUCUGGGUAGGUGGCGCCAGUCAUCUAGAACUUUCGUAGUGAAGCUGGAGCUUGCUGACAAAUCUGUCAAUGACAACCGCAAGAAGCUUCAGCUUGACCAGAACAUCAAAGCCAAUGCAUCCUUGCAAGGAUUGGUGGGCUACAAGCUUGUGAGGAUGACGGCCAAAGUUCAAGAAGGCCUGAAGGCAGAUAGAAAGCUUUGCACAGUCGACGCAGUCUUUGCAGAGCUGUCAAAGGUGGCAUGGUCCGAGGACGACAAGCCAAAGCGAUCCACAGUGGAAGUUCAGCUGAAGGUGAACAAUCGUGUCAAUGAUCGAUGUGCCCGGCUGCUGACUGUGUUGGAGAGUCACUACGGCAAAGGCCACUGCCUUGCAUCACUGCAAGGCUUGGAUAUGAUUUGUCAAAAGACAGCCUCCAAGGAUGACACGGCAUCGGCCAGGUUCCUGGAAUGGUCCAUUGAAGGGUUCUUGGUGAAGCAGCUACGCGGCGAGCUCUCGGGCCAGGACGGUGCUGCAGCCAAGAGUAGUUCUGCCACAGCCAUGCUUCAUGUUGUUGUCUUGCAGGAAGGGCGUGAUGCUGUUCGAAAUACGACUGUCCACUUCUUGGCGCUUCGACGGAUGUUGCUCUUUGCCCAAGCAAAGCUUGGCAUGACCUUUUGGAAGGGAUGGCUGGAGUACCACCAGGUGAAUCCCAAGGGCACAACGCUGCAGUACGGCUUGGAGCUUCUGCAUGAGUGCCCUGCCCCAUCGUACCCCCAUGUGUGGCAGCGUGAAGCUUGGGAGUCCAUGACAUGCCUCUUUGACGGCAUGGCGAAAGAUCCCAUGGCGGCAGUCUUGUCGAGCAAUGUCUUUGCCCCUGCAGAGGUUCUUUUCCAACACCCCGGUGUCAAGAAAGUCUUCAACUUGGGAGCAACACUGGAGAAGAAGCAGGAGCAGGAGGCUGUUGUGGAGGUUGGAUUGGUGAAGCCUGUGGCUGAGCCCGUUGUUUCCGAGCCUGAGGUGGCCCCAGAGCCGAAGUCUCCUGAGCCACCUGUGUCUCAUGGGCAUAUGGAUGAGUCCUUGUCUGUUGAGAUGCUUCCAGAGGAGCCUGCAGUCAAAGAGAAUGUGCCGAAGUUCUGGCAAGUCAAAUUUCCGGACCUUUGCCUUCCUGACAUGCUCAUUGAAACCUUCUCCAGCUCGGAUGAUGCCGUCUUUGACAAGUUGUACUUGUUUGCAUGUGUUCGGUCCAGUGUCACUUUUGUGGAGCAGCCAGCCACUGAUUUGGCCCAUGCCGUGACCGCCCACCUCAACACAAAGUUCCCAGAUGGGAGGGCCAAGGGGAGGGUUCUCUUCCUGUACGAUGUCAAGUCAUGGAACGAUCGCUGCACCGAGCAGCAGGAUCCUUGGAAGAACUUGCCAAGUUUGGAUGAAGAUCACCUGCAAAAAGUGGUGGCUGCCACAUUGGGUGCAGAUGCCAAGAAUUUCCAGGCAAACGACCUUUUCUUUGUCUGGGAUGGAAGGCGGCUGGACUCUGGCGCGAAGAUCAAGAAAUUCAUCAACAGCCAUAAGGGCAACCCGGCCAUGAACAAGAAGAAGCCGCUUGGGCCCAUGUUCCGCCUCCUCUACAACAACAUGGAGUUUGAGCCGAGGCUUGGAUAUGCCGCCGGACAGCGGGCAAAGUUCAGAUCCCUCCCAGAUCCUUUGGAAACUGUCUACUCGGUCUUUGGGUCCGAUGCAUCUGUGCCAGAGCGGGAGCGCAAGCACUUGAACAUAGACAUGGUGGGAGGCAGCCGAUCCCUUUCAAUUCCAGACCUCAAGCUUCGAUCUGCCGAGCAGCAUGGCAUCAAAGUCACGACGGCAACUUACCAGAUGAUGCAGAAAGGGAUGGCGGUCUCAACGCCUGUGCGAGCUGAUGGUGAAGGAGAUGGGGAUGAAGGCGGGGAGGCUGCUGAUGAUGCAGAUGAAGGGCCGGCUGUGUGGUUCCCAUGGACGGCAUGCGAAGAGCUUUCUCUUGAGUGGCUUCACAUGUACAGCCUCGAGGAAGGAAAGCGCACGGUCAUUGUGAACUACACCCCGGGGUUUGGGCAGGUGGAGUUGGCCUCGUUGCGGAAGGAUAUCAGUUGCAUGAGCAUCGUUGCGAACAGCACGCACCGCGCCAUCCUGGAGCAAAGGCUCAUUUUGACGAUUAUGUUGGAAGGGCUUCGUGGCCAGACCAAGCUGCUGCGUGGCAGGCGUGUGUUAUCGCUUGAACGCAGCAUUGGCGGAGGACAUGAUCGGCACUUGGCAGCCUUGCAAGCUUCUCCUGGAGGCACCGGCUCUGAGCGGGCAGAUGGCUUGUUGAGUGAAACACAGGACAACGACGAGGGCACUGUGGACAACGGGGAGGAGCAAGACGGCGAGUACGAGAUGUCUGAUGCAGGCUCUUUGCCUGGGUGA